AUGACAGCAGGUCUGGAAUCGCUCACUCCCGUCUACUUCGGGCUUCACAUCGUUGGAGGACAUGUCGGCUUGCCUAUAUUGGUCUUCACUUUUCUUUUAUCGAAGAAGGUGUCGCGGCAUCCUACAAUCGUGAAUUUCUGUGUGACAUGGAUUCUGUAUUCUGUCUCUUUCUGUCUCCUGAUAUACGGGGGAUAUAACAAGGAGGUUCAUCCACCGCAGACCUUGUGUAUCAUUCAGUCUGCCCUUCUCUACGGAACACCGACAAUGGCUGUCGUAGCUAUGCUUGUGCUGGUUAUAGAGAUUUGGAGCGCGUUCUACCCUACCUGCGAGCCGGCUUUCUUUGCUAGUCUACCGCACGGGAUGAGAUUGUUCAUCAUCCUGUCACCCCCAUAUCUGGUUCUAUUGAUUUUUACCUUGGCCGCUGCUUAUGUAGCGGCAAGUAAUCCAGAAAUGGUCGACGCCGCCAACGGCUUGUACUGCGCCAUUCACGUCAAACAUUUCGAGCGGUUUACUACGUCCGUCUUCUGCAUAGUGGUGCUGUUGACGGUAACAGCGUUCGAGGUGGCGAUUGCAGUCAAAUCUUAUCGCGGAUGGCGGGACAUUAGAGAUGUCUGUCCUGAUGCCGACGUGAGGAAACCAUCUCUCUCGCCUUGUUUCAGAGCCACUGUUUUUCUCGUAUAUUCGUGGAUUACUUUCGGGGCAUGUGUUAUCGUCAUGGCUUCACCUGAAAACCUCGAUCGAUUCUCUUUCAUGGCGCAGGCUGCCCUACCCCUCACCGCGUUUAUAGUGUUCAGUACGCAAACAGAUGUGGCAGGAGUAUGGACAUCGCCAAUUUCAACGCGAGUUGAAAGGUUCAGUUGCUCAAGGAGAGGUCGAUGCGGUCAUUCACUCGAUUAA